AUGGCUGGUGAGUUUCUGCAGCUCGGUUUUCAACAGUUUUCUUUAAUCUCCAGUGCUCGUUUGACAAAACUUCCUUCUCUAAGGUUGUUCCUCAGUUUGAGAACUAUGACAUAUCCAAAAAAUCAGAGCAAUCCAACUACUCUAGUUAUGUCUGUGGUAAGCAUGUUCGUCACUUCCUCGGAUUCUGCUGUUAUCACUGUACAGUACCUUAUUCACUCUUGUAUGUCACUUUUCCCUUGCUCAGAUGACAAUACUUCCUUCAUGAAGCUUGUUCAGAAUUCUUUUCUCUACAAUAUAUCCAAAAAUAGUGGCAGUCCAACAAGUGUAGCUUUCUCGGCAGUGGAUUUCGGACCAAUAUUAAGUUGCCCAAGCAAGAACAAUUUGAGUUCAAAGAUGCAGAAUGCAAGUGAGGCAUCAACAUUGGAUUUCAGGGGGAAUUUGGGAGAAGAAGGUUACGGUUUAGGAAUCUAUGAGGUGGAGGUUCAUAUUUGGGAGCAUCUAGAGGUUCACAUAAGUAGGGAUUUUGGGAGGAAAAUAGGGAAUUUGAUUUGGGGAUUUCAGAUUUGGGAGAAAAUGGGGAAGGAAUAG